AUGAUGAUGAUGAUGAUGAUAAUAACAAUAAUGAUCAUUCCUCUCUGCUACUAAAUGCCUGUGGGCUGCGCUGGCAGAAAUGUGACAUUAAUUUGUCCUUGUGGCAAAUGUUUGUGGUUUGGUUUGUGCAUGAAAAAGCUUUGGCACUGGCGUUAAAACUCUGUGCAGACCUCCCUCUUUCUCUCUCUCUUCUCUCUCUCUCUCUCUGUCCAUAUACUCCGCUAUACUCCGCUCACUACAUCCAGUCGCGGUUAACGGGCGUGCGGUUGCCAGGAGAGACGCGUGUACAGUACCGUGUACAGCUUUAACGGCAGAGCGGCACGGGCUCUCCCCCGCCAUUUCCUCGUGUCGAGCCCUGGAAUGUCGAGUAGCGGUUCGGGCUCUUCCUCGCGGAAGGAGUUCGAUGUGAAGCAGAUCCUCAGGAUCCGAUGGAGGUGGUUCGGUCACCCCGCGGUCCCUCCCCCUCACUCCCCGCCGCUCGGAGACUACUUCGCUGGGAGGAGAGCGGGUGGCAGCUCCGGAGACGGACCUUCAGUUAGCGGCUGUAGCAACUCGAAUUCAGCCAGCGCAAACCCCAGCGCCGGGGGUCACAGCGGGCUGGUGGCCAGCGGCAGCGCCGGGUCUAACCUGUGUAACAGCACCAACAGAAAGUUUGCUGAUCCGCCGGGGAGUCGGGGCGGACCGGGAGGAGCGGCAGUUGGAGCGACGGGGAGCUCCUGCCCCCGCUCCUUCAGCCAGCCAGAGUGUAGGAGCCCCGCCACGGCGCUGUCGUGGGUAUCCCCGCCGCCUCAUCGUCGUUCCCGUCCGGCGACGAGCAUGGAGCCCCCCAGCGAGGCCCCGGUACCCCAGCUGGUACCCGAGCCACCCGCGCAUGUCGGGGCUGAGGAGGAGGCGGCGGCACCGGCAGCGUCGGGCACCGAGGACAACAACCACCCGGAAACAGACUCCAGCUCCUGCAGGACAUCUAACAGCAGCGCCACACUGUCCUCAUGUGUGUCCUUGGAGCCGUGUGCGUGUCCAGAGGAGUGUAUGUUCACCGCUCUGUCUCACGCCGACGUCACCUUCCGGAAGAUGGAGGGCUACCUGAGGUCCCGACAGCUGUGUGAUGUCAUACUGGUGGCUGGAGACAGGCGGAUACCUGCGCACAGACUGGUCCUCUCAUCCGUGUCGGACUACUUUGCAGCCAUGUUCACCAGUGAUGUGAGGGAGGCCAAGCAGGACGAGGUGAAAAUGGAAGGAGUGGACCCUGAUGCAUUGUGGGUCCUGGUGCAGUAUGCAUACACAGGCCGUCUCGAGUUGAGGGAGGACACCAUUGAGUCUCUGCUGUCAGCCUCAUGCCUGCUGCAGUUGUCGUCAGUGGUUCAGGCCUGCUGUUCAUUCCUCAUGAAGCAGCUCCACCCCUCCAACUGUCUGGGUAUCCGCUCCUACGCCGACGCUCAGGGCUGCAAUGACCUGCAGAGGGCCGCUCACGCCUACACCAUGGAGCACUUUUUAGAGGUCGUGGGAGGCCAAGAGUUCCUGUUGCUCCCAGUGGAGGAGAUGGAAAGGCUGCUCACGUCCGAUGAUGUCAACGUGCCAGACGAGGAAACUGUGGUAACCUCUUUGCUAACCUGGAUCCGUCAUGACGCUGCCACACGACAACGUCAGCUACCCUUGUUGCUGGCUCACAUCCGACUGCCACUGCUGCAGCCACAGUUCUUAGCAGACCUGGAGUCCAAUCCUCUGCUGCGGGACAGUAUGGAAUGCCAGCGGCUGCUAAUGGAGGGAAUGAAGUAUCACCUCUUGCCGCAGCGCCGCCCCCUUCUUCAGAGUCCCCGCACCCGGCCCCGCAAGGCCACUGUUGGGGCCAUGUUUGCUGUAGGGGGGAUGGAUGCUACAAAAGGUGCUACCAGUAUUGAACAGUACUGUCUCCGCCGGGACACAUGGAGGCAGGUAGCCACUAUGAGUGGCCGGAGACUACAGUUUGGUGUAGCUGUCCUUGACGGCCGUCUCUAUGUGGUGGGUGGCCGUGAUGGACUCAAGACCCUCAACACUGUGGAGUGUUACAACCCGCACAGCAAGACCUGGAGCGUCAUGCCUCCCAUGUCCACACACAGGCAUGGCUUAGGUGUAGCUGUCCUAGAGGGGCCCAUGUAUGCAGUAGGAGGACAUGAUGGCUGGAGCUACCUCAGCACAGUGGAAAGGUGGGACCCCCAAGCUCGCCAGUGGAGCUUUGUUGCAAGUAUGGCAACACCCAGAAGCACAGUGGGAGUAGCUGUACUCAAUGGCAAGUUAUAUGCAGUAGGAGGUCGUGACGGCUCAUCCUGCCUGCGUUCAGUGGAGUGUUUCGACCCCCACACCAACAGAUGGAGUGGUUGUGCUCCUAUGGCUAAAAGGCGUGGAGGUGUGGGUGUGGCCACAUGGCAUGGCUUCCUGUACGCCAUUGGAGGUCAUGAUGCUCCGGCCUCAUCCCUUGCAUCGCGGCUAAGUGACUGUGUGGAGAGGUAUGACCCUCAGACAGAUGUGUGGACAGCAGUUGCCCCCAUGAGCAUCAGCAGAGAUGCUGUUGGGGUUUGUCUCCUUGGCGACCGUCUCUAUGCUGUGGGCGGUUAUGAUGGUCAGGUGUAUCUCAACACUGUAGAAGCCUACGACCCACAGACGAAUGAGUGGACACAGGUAGCACCUCUGUGUCUGGGCAGGGCUGGAGCAUGUGUGGUGGCCGUCAGACUGUGAAAACACAAACGCUAACAUUCAACGCCGGACUGUGCAUGACCUGGCUCAGACAGAGACCGUCUUCUUUGUCAUCACUGACUUGGUCACUGAAGUUACAACAACAAACCCAUCUGCCUGCCAGCAUGUACCUGACACCGGGAAGUGAGAGACUGAUUACUGAACACACUUCAGGUUUUUACACUUCAGCAAAGUCAGAUUUAACUCUCCGUGACGACUGCCUAUGGUUAGGCUGUGGUUAUACCAUGUGUCAGGUUUCUGAUAAAGUUUUUAUAUUUGAAGAUCCUGAUAACUUUUGACGCAGAAAUGAACUGCCACCGACACCAAUGGUGAAGGAGAAUCUGCAGUGUUUAUCUGAGCAUGACAGAACAACUGUCUUGCAGCUUUUUUUUCCUGCCUAUUAUUUUGUUCCUGUAGACAAGGUGGGACACACACACACACACACACACACACACACACACACACACAGAAACCUACAUGGUUGCUUUCAGCUUCUAUUUCUUUUGACAAAAGGUGAGAGAGACAGAGGGAGAUUGUCAAGACCGUUGAGGUGCCUCAUCAUUUUUCUCCUAACAGCAUCUGAUAGUGUGUAUUGAUGCUAUUUUAAUAUAUUCCCUAUUAUUUUAUGCUGCAGUUGGCGAGUUGCUCUCCUCGUCUUUCUUUCCCUUUCUCGCCCGCUGACAGAUGAAAGAAAGACUUUUGACAUAAUCAGCACAACCUUACAAACAGCCAUACUGUAAGAAACUGUGACACUCUUUAUUCUUUACAGUCAAAAACAUAUCAUCAUGCUUUUAUCUAAUAUUUCUCUGUGUAUGUCUUCCAUGUUGCAUCAGCUCACAUCUGAAGCACACAGAUACUGUGAUGUGCAAUUUAUUGUAGCUUUUUUGUACAAGCUCCAAUGGCAAAUUAUCCAACUUUUUCUUUUUCUUUUAUUUUUGGCUGGACCACAGCAUGCAAGGCCAGCCCUGAAACACUAAAGUCUGUCCAUGAGUGAGCGAUGAAGUUACAUCAUUGAUGCGAGUCAGUGAUGUCAUAAGUGUUGGUGUUUCUCCAUUGGCUGUUAGUCUCUUGACAUGAAUAUUCCCUGACUGAGCCGUGGGUGCUGUCAGUCCUGUAUUACUUUAUUCCUCAUUUUAUGUACUCAGGUGUAGCAUGAUAGCAUGGUGGAAUUAGCAAGCUAGCUAGCUAGCUAACUAGCUCGCCACUACAUGAGUGAAAUUUAACAACUUAAUGCUUCAUCCACACACUCUUGUCACAAUAACAGAAAGCACGUUGCUUUUAUCAGAUGAGUGGCAACUUUGUCCAGCUCAUUUUCUGUAACCACUGUUACGUUAGCAUAAAAGUAUGGUGGAAUUGGCACGCAAGGUAGCUAACUAGCCAGCUGUGUUUGAAAUGGCAAAUUCUGACGGAGGAAAGAGAGGAUCACCUCAUCAGUUUGUUUGAGGAACAAGCCUUAAAAUUUAUUAGUAACGUUAAUGACUAUUACAGGUUACAGUGUCGGAACAGGUGCCAUCACUGUGAGAAAUUUGAAAUUAGAUGUCAGAAUGGGUGCACCUACCUUAGUAACAAUCUGAAACUAGAGGUUGACCAGUUAAUUGGUUUGGCCAAUUAAUUGGCAUCCAAAGGACGUUAUUGGCAGAACUUGGCUCUGAUAGUGACCGAUUGUUGCAAAGCCUCAGCUAGUGAGGAUGUACGUCACUGACCGAAGUGGAGGACAACGUAUCCUCAUACAAUGGUUCGUAUAUCCUACAACAUUGCACACACAACAGUAAGAGUAAUAUCCUAUGAAUAAGCACCCCAUGGAUGACAUUGCAUUCUUGAUGUAAAGUUAUGUAAUUAACGUAAAGUCACAGAGGUUAGGUUUAGGUAAGUUAAGUGAAGGAGGUUAGGUUACGAAAAGAAACAAGGUAAGGACAUGCCUUAAAAUGACUCAAAGUUCACAUGGGUUUGAAUACCGGUCUUUUGGGGAAGUCAUGAGGGAAAGUCCUUUGUUUUGUGACCUAUCCACAGCCCCAAUCUGCCUUCUAAGUGGACCGCUCUAGACAGCUUCCUUUUUCACUAACGUCAGUGCGUUUGUCAUGUGAUGGCAGCCUUCCAAAAUAUGCGGUUUAUGCACAAAUUACUGGCUCAUGAUUACAUAGGAUGUGUACGAAUUUCGGUGCAUUACUUUUCAUGUGAAAAUGUACACACAGUGCAUGAGAACAGCCUGUCCUAGGGUAGCAAAGGAAUGACCCACCCUCCUCUUCCUCAUAUUGACUACGACUUGUUGCUUUCAUUGAUUGGGUUGGUUAGGUUUAGGCAAGAGGAGUGGGAUUGGUUAGGGUAAGUGUAAGAAUGUCAGGGUAAGCCAAUCAGAAGCAGAGUUAGACAGAGUAGAGAGGUCUAUCCUCUGUAUCCUGGGGAACGCAAAUUCACAAAGAGAGGAGGGUUGUGUUAGAUAAUUAGCAGAUGCAGCUCUAGAGAAAGCAGCUCUCUUCUGCUGUGUGACUCUGUCAAAGUUUAUUGUUCCUCAUUUUAACAUUUAUUUACAUGAAAUUUUGGGCUGGACCACAGUGGGGUAAAGUCCAUGGCUGAGUGCAUGUCACCACUUCCUGUUUUAAAUUAAAAGCCCUCCAGACUGUCAUUCACAGUCCAGCCAUUGACUAGGGUUUGACCUAUUCUUGUUAACUUUGUCAGUCUGCCAUUGUUCACAUAAUUGUGGUCCAAAAAAGCACUGUUAUUGGGUUUAUAACCUGAGUAAUAAUACUAAGAGUAGCAGUGGUCCUUUGUUGAUCCCUGUAGGGAAAUUUUGCUUUCAAUUUCCAACAGAGCACAGGGUCAGCUAUUUAAAGGCUUGGUUUUACACAGGGUCAGUGAUCUGUCCUACCUCCCUCUUUUCUGCUGUUUCCUCUGUGUGUGUGUGUGUGUGUGUGUGUGUGAGAUUGCAAGGUCUAUAUUUUUAUCUCAAAUGAGAAUCUUCCCCCUUCCCCUCUCCACAUGUUCAAUUCCCUGCUGCUUUCUCUUCAGCCCCAUUUUCCCAUUUCAUCACUGCACACACACACACAUUCACACAAAUGCACGCAUCACUAUGUUUCAGAGCAGAAUUGGAGACCCAGACAAAAUGAACAACAGACCAUAUAAUGAGACCAUGAAUUUAAUAACGUUGAUUCAGCCGGUGCCGACGUUUUGUUUGAUGUCGAGUUCAAAGCGUUAUUAGAUUUGAUGUCGCUGCAGACAAAGUAUCAGACAUUAGCAGAAAAUGAAUCCUGGGAAACGACCUCAUGACUUCAUCUUUGUGGGCUUGUUUGAGUUUUAAACUUACAUGUCAAGAAACCUCAAGAAUACAAAGAUGCUGACUGCAGGUUCAAUACUGACACACGCCACCAUCAUUUUAUGCUGUAUACUUAAUAGUGUAUUUCCCCUGUGUAGCUCGAUCUGCUUGUGUGUGUGUGUGUGUGUGUGUGUGUGUGUGUUUGUGUGUUUGCAUGUGUGUGUUUAGUGUACAGACAUCCUGACAGUGAGAGGCAAAGCAGGCAUCCUGUCUGAACUGACAGAUCUAGAGCUAAUGUAGCCCCCAGGAUGCACUUCACAAACACACACAGACAUAUCACAUGCACACUCACUCACUCACACACACACUUGUACAAAGACACACUUAACCACACAGCUGAAAGCCAAGUGCCCCAGGAGCUGGUGAAGAUUGAAAAGCCUCCCAGAUUUGCCGGCAUGACAUCUAAAAAGCAGAGACGGAGCAGGCUAGCGAUUCCCCACAGCCGAGCUGAUGUUUAUUCAAGUCUAAUGCACUGCUGCAUUAUUCUAUUUUCUUCCCCUUCAAACCUGCCCGCUGUUUAUUUAGAGAGUAAUUCUCUUUAGAUCAGAGCAGAAGAAGUGUGUCACCUCCACUGUGUAGAGGUAGUCAGAGAGUUUGAUUUUAGUCAGAGGUUAAAACUAAAGACAGACAUUCCAAAUCAAACUAUGUAUUUCAUGUAUAUUAUGUACAUAAAUAAAUCUCAGAUCUGUAUGUAGUCUUAUUGCAUUAUGCUGUAUAUUACACACUAAAUCUGCAAUGUGUUAUUGUGCGUUUCUUUUUGUACCAUGAAUUGAGAUGAAGAAGAGGCAAUAAAAUGACACUCCAUGAGAAAAGGUACAGCUGCUCAUCUCCUCUUUUUGUACCAGAAUAUUGCACCUCCUCUUUUACAAUAUAAAUGAUGUAUGUACAAUAUAUGCUGCUGUAAUAUGCUGUUAUUGGUCUUUUAUACAUUAAAGUCAAAAUGUGAUUUAA